AUGAGAGGCGCCGGACUCAUCCUGGCGGCGGCGGCAUCCGCCCGCGCCGCCUGCGAUUGGAAGAACGUCCACACCGGAGGCGGUGGUGGCUUCGUCCCGUCCAUCCAAUUCCACCCGACCGAGAAGGGCGUCGCUUUCGCCCGUACCGACAUUGGUGGUCUCUACCGCCUCAACGACGACGAGUCUUGGACUCCCGUGACCGACGCGAACGGCUUUGCGCACGAUGGCAACUGGAACCGAUGGGGCAUUGACGCGCUGGCCCUGGACCCUUCCGAUGCGAACAAGGUGUAUAUCGCGGCGGGCAUGGACCCCAAUAACGGAACCAUCGCCCGCAGCUCCGACAAGGGCGAGACGUGGGAGGUGACCACGCUCCCCUUCAAGGUCGGCGGCAACAUGCCUGGACGCGGCAUGGGUGAGCGUCUCGCUGUCGACCCCAAGAACUCUCAGAUCCUCUACUUCGGUGCCCGCAGCGGCAAGGGCUUGUGGAAGUCUACCGACGGUGGCGCGACUUUCGCUAAGGUCUCUUCUUUCGAGGCCGUUGGCACUUACCGUCCCGGUGCCGAGACGGAUGCCUACAACGGCGAUCGUCAGGGUCUGACCUUCGUCACCUUCGAUGAGACCUCCGAGGCUGUCAACGGGGCCACCUCCCGCAUCUUCGUUGGUACCGCCGACAACACCACUGCCUCCGUCUACGUCAGCACCGACGCCGGUGCUACCUGGGGACCUGUUGCCGACCAGCCUGCCAAGUUCUUCCCCCACAAGGCCAAACUUUCUGUCGCCGAGAAGGUCAUCUACUUCACCUACUCUGAUGGCUCUGGCCCGUAUGAUGGUACUCAGGGUGCCGUCUACAGAUACGACCUCACCUCCGGCAAGUGGACUGACAUUACUCCUACCUCCGGCACCGACCUCUUCUACGGCUUCGGCGGUAUUGCCGUCGAUGCGCAGAAGCCCGGCACCAUCGUCGUGGCUACCCUCAACAGCUGGUACCCCGACGCUCAGCUUUUCCGCUCCACUGACUCCGGCGCGACCUGGAAGAAGAUCUGGAAUUGGGGAGCUGACGGCAAGGUUGCGCCUCAGUACACCAUCGGCGCCAAGAACGCCCCCUGGAUCAAGACCAACUUCCUCGACGUCGACACCAAGAAGCUUGGCUGGAUGAUUGAGUCCCUCGAGAUCGACCCCCACGACAGCGAUAGAUGGAUGUACGGCACCGGCGUCACCAUUUACGGCGGGCACGACUUGACCAACUGGGACAAGAACCAGACCAUCACCAUCGAGAGUCUCGCUUCUGGUAUUGAGGAGAUGGCUGUCUCGUCCCUGGCUUCUGCCCCCGGCGGCUCCGAGUUGCUCUUUGCCACUCUCGACAACAAUGGUUUCACCUACGACUCCGUCGCUGAUCUCAGCAAGGCUCCUCAGACUGCCUGGACCCACCCUUGGUGGUCUAGCAGUGUCUCUGUCGACUUCGCCGGCAACGACGUUACCAAGGUUGUUCGCAUCGGUAAGGCCACCGGCACUCCUCAGCUCGCUCUUAGCAGCGAUGGUGGUGCGACCUGGGCUGUCAACAACGCCACUGGCACCACUGCCGCUGAUGGUACCGUUGCCUACUCUGCUGAUGGCGACGUUAUCCUUUGGUCUACUCUCAACGAGGGCGUCCUUGCCUCUCGCAACCAGGGCAAGCUCGAGAACGUCACUUUGCCUGCCAGCAGCGUUAUCGCCAGUGACAAGAAGGCCGCCGGCGUCUUCUAUGCCGGGUCCAAGUCCACCUUCUACGUCUCCACCGACGGUGCCGCCACCUUCACCAAGGCUCCUCUCGGUAACGUCACCGAGAUCCGUCACAUCGCUGCCCACCCCACCCAGGCCGGCGAGAUCUGGGUUUCCACCGAUGCCGGUAUCUUCCACAGCACCGACUCCGGAAAGACCUUCUCCGUCCUGUCUUCCAGCCCCUCCAACGCCCACGCCGUUUCCGUCGGCAAGGGUGACGGCACCGCCUGGAACCUUUACGUCUUUGGCAACGGCUCCGAGGGCAAGAAGCUGUACGGCAGCGCUGAUGGUGGUGCCACCUGGGUCGACAUCCAGGGCUCCUACAGCUUUGGUGCGAUUGACGGCGCUGCUCUUGUUGGUUCCGCCAACGAGGCCAACGUUGUCUAUGUUGGUACCAACGGCCGCGGUGUCAUGCACAGCUCGUGCCCGAUCUCCAACUCUACUGCUGCGCCUGCUGCUUCCCCUGCCAGGAGACAGCUUCGCAGCCGUCCCAUGAGAUUUGGAAGGGCCAUCCACAACAAGCACAUGCACUAG